UUUAAUGUAAGGGGCACAGAACAGGGGGCAUUAUAAGUGAGGGGCACAUGACAGGGGGCAUUAUAAGUGAGUGGCACAUCACAGGGGGCAUUAUAUGAGAGGGGCACAUAUGAUGGGCAUUAUAUGGGAGGGGCACAGGGCAGUGGGCAUUAUAUGUGCCUGCGCAUGAACGUCCCUGUGCGUCAUCGUCAAGGCAACGUCACUAGUCCGGGGCAGGCCAGGAGCGGAGAAGAGGGCCUCCCGGUGAAAAUGGACAGCCCGGAACGACUAACCCUCCCCACCGGACGGUCCCUGCAGCAUAGAUGGCCCGGACCAGCUCACCCUUCCUUCCCUCCAAGGAAAACUCCAGCAUUCUUUGACAAGAUGUCGGCUGUAACAUUUGCUCCCAGGGCAGAGGUUGUUGAAGUCAAUGGGUUUAAAAAAACAGAAGAGAAAGUUCAGAUUGAUGAUGGAAAGAAUGAAACAGAGGAACCAUCAACAUGUAUCAACAAGCUGAGAAGAUUGAUCGCUCCUCUUGUCGUGUCAUUUGGAUUCAGGGUAUUUGGGGUCCUCCUUAUCUUUGUGGAUUUUGUAUUUGUAAUAGUGGAUCUUUCUGUUGUGGACAAAAGCAAGGAGACAGCAAAUAUCAUAUCUGGAAUCUCCUUAUCUAUAUCCUUCUUCUUCCUGAUAGAUGUCCUGCUGCACAUUUUCGUGGAAGGAUUUCGGAAGUACUUUAGUUCUAGGCUGAACAUCUUUGACGCGGCAAUUGUUGUGAUCACUCUCAUAGUCACGCUGAUAUAUGCAUUCACGGAUUUCAGUGGCGCCACCAAUAUUCCAAGACUGGUGAACUUCUUCCGAGCCUUGAGAAUAAUUAUCUUGGUUAGAAUAUUUCGUCUGGCUUCUCAGAAAAGACAGCUUGAAAAGGUCACUCGUAGAAUGGUCUCUGAAAACAAAAGAAGAUAUCAAAAGGAUGGAUUCGAUCUAGACCUCACUUAUAUCAGUGACAGGAUAAUUGCCAUGUCAUUUCCAUCAUCUGGAAAACAGUCUUUCUAUCGGAAUCCUAUAAAGGAGGUUGCACGAUUUUUGGACUCCAAACAUAAAGACCACUACAAGAUCUACAACUUGUGCAGUGAAAAGGGCUACGAUCCAGAGUUCUUCCAUUACAGAGUGGAGCGAUUCUUCAUAGAUGAUCACAAUGUGCCAUCUCUAGCGGACAUGUUGAAGUUCACAGCCAGUGUGCGUACUUGGAUGGCACAAGACCUAAAGAAUGUUAUAGCCAUUCACUGCAAAGGAGGAAAAGGUAGGACUGGCACCAUGGUCUGCACGUAUCUUGUUGACUCAGACCAAUUUGAGAGCGCAAAGGAAAGUCUGGAUUAUUUUGGAGAACGUAGGACAGAUACAUCUGUCAGCACUAAAUUUCAAGGUGUGGAAACCCCAUCCCAGAGUAGAUACGUGUGUUACUAUGAAAUUUUGAAGAACAAGUACAAUUUACAGAUGCCACCCGAGCAACCACUCCGGAUCCGAAGCAUUAGAAUCCACUCCAUUGACGGUAUUUAUAUUGUAGGAAUAGGAAAGCACAAUGGAAGUGAUAUGAAGGUCCAGAUACUAGUUAAGAAAGAAUUGGUAUUCCAGUGCGUCUGUGAAACUCAGGAGCACUGCAAGCUGUUUUUUGAUGCUGGAAACAAUUCAGUGGUGAUCAGCUUGGAAGAAUGUCCCGUCCUCUCUGGAGAUGUCAAAGUCAGAUUUGAGUCUAGUACUAGUCUACCAAAGGGCUAUGAUGACUGUCCAUUUUACUUCUGGUUCAAUACUUCAUUCGUAGAAAAUAACAGGCUUUACCUCUCUAAAAAUGAAUUGGACAAUCCUCAUAAAGACAAGUCUGGAAAAUUCUACAGUGAUAAGUUUGCGGUGGAAGUAAACUUUGACUCUUGACAGGCUGUCUGAGCUUUAUGCGCCUCCAAAGCAUCUUCACCUCACUGUGAUAUGUAUAGAAGAAUCUAAGAAGCAUCAACGUGCCAUAUAUUUUUUCUCUAGUUUUUUUUUGUAAUAUUAUAAAUUUUUUAUACAGCUGUUAAUAUGUAUAUUUUACAAAAGUUGCAUAGGUAAUGUACAUGCAUGUGUGAUAUGUUGUUUUUUAAGUAGUCAACCUUGGUUGAAUAUACAUUUUUUUAUGUUUUUCUUGUGUUUCUGUGAUGGUCCUCCAGGUAUUACGGUUUCCUUUCACACUCCAAAAUCAUACUGAUCGGUGAAUUUGGAAUUUAGAUUGUGAGCCCCAAUUGGGACAGGGCCUGGUUUAAGUGAUGACAAGCUCUGCGCUGCAGAGUAUGUUGGCGCUAUAAAAUUAAAGUUAUUAUUACUUGAUGAUG